CUUGCUACAUGUAUCCUUCCACAGGGCCGUUGUCUGCUUUCGGCCCUCUGCCUCAGUUUCAGUCUCUCCAACAGAAAAUUCUUUUGCAUAUAGAGAGAGCGAAUGUGAUUUCCGCCUUCCGGUAUAUGCACAUUACGGCUUUCUCUGUGUCUUCUGUUGGCUGCAGUGUUCCCAGGCUGUUGGAUUUUGGCUAUAGUACAGGUAUGGGACAGCUCCUUCGCGCAAUCGUGCCAACCCUACACCAGCAUCAUCCGGAGUCCCACCGGCCGCCCAAGCCCAACAACUAAUGCAGGAACAAGUGCAAGAGCAGUAACGGGGAGUCUUCUAACCACUAGUACAGUCCAGAAGAGUCCCAACAUAUGUCACGUGACCGCGGCCCAAUAUGCGGGUAAGUCUAACACUUCAAGUGUACAUAGCAAUUUAUAGGAUAUAUCAAGCGGUACAGAAAUGGGUUACACUGACACGGUCUUAAUAAAUACAAUAAA